AUGGCAAACCAAAAGCAAAUGAGAACUCAAAUACUAAUUACAGACAUUCCUAGUGGCAAAUUUGCUAGUAAAUGGCCUACACAACUGGAGAAAACUUUAUUUAAGGAGCAAUUCCCAAAUUUACAGAGCCGCUUGCAGUACUACACACCGUUGCCAUUUUUAAACAGAAUUAUAAUUAUAUUUGACAAUGAAGAUGACACGCUACAGGUGUUUAAGUUCUUACAGCAACUGCUAGCCAAGGAGAAUGGCGGCCCGAUGAAGUUAUUUGUAACCGAGUCCCUGUUAAAUAAUCAACAUCCUCGAUCUCGUUCCACCGAUGAUGCUAUCUCGUUGCAAGAUAAUAGCUCACCCCUGUUGGAGGAUCAUCGCAGCAAGCCCCUCUUAUCUAUUAAUACAGAUCCAGGAGUUACUGGAAUAGACAGCUCAUCCCUCAAUAAGGGAGGAUCUUCAUUAUCCCCAGACAAAUCAUCUCUAGAAUCACCUACGCUUUUAAAGCUUUCUAUGGAUUCGAAGCCAUUCAGUUACCAAGAACCGCUGCCAAAGCUUUCUAGAUCGUCUUCUUCAACGUCAAAUCUCUCGUUGAACGGAAGUUCACAGACAUCAUUACCUUCACAACUAGAAAAUAAGGAUAAGCCAACGUCAGAUACCAAAUGUCUUUUCGCCUCUAAGCCACUAAGAUUAACCAUUGAUACUUCUACUAGAAGUAGUGCUGCAUCGGGUACUGAAAAUGAUGUAAACGUUACUGCGUCAAAUCCCCCAAAAAGUCCAAGCAUAACAGUUAAUGAGUUUUUCCAUUAG